AUGGAUUCGCAUGUUGGCGAAGUUGAUAUAUUCCAACAAUGCAAGUAUAUUCAUGAGGUAGAACUUGUGAAUAUGAAACUUCAAAUGCGAAUCCUGGAGACACACAUUGAAACCAAAGACAGACUUCUGAGAAAUUUAGAAGAUAUUAUUGAUGAACAGGAAUCACGAAUUGCCAAUAUGGAGGAUUUUAUUCAAGGUCGAGCAACAACCUACACUAAUCGAUCAAACAUGCUCAGAGGAAUUUCAGUUCUAUCACUGGACUUCGGUACACUUUCGGAAGAGAAUUUACGACUGAAAAGUGCGUUAAGUCAGAUGCAAAAAGUGGCAAGAGUGAAUGAAAUUCUGGAGACGGAUGAGGACUAUGAGAGUGACAUGACGAGUAAUGAGGAUCGAUUUGCAUUGAGUCGUGAUUCGUCAUGUUCGGUUCCCAGAUCCGUGAGUCCACAACCAACUGGUGACGUCAUCAAGCCAUACCCUCAAAUGGUCCAAUCCAUGAGAGAAGAAGGUCAAUGGAAAAAGCUUCAAAGAUGUGCAGAAGAAUUGAAAAACGAGAAAGACGAGCUGAGAAGGCUAGCAGUGGAUACGAAGGAUGCAUUCAACGUGUGCAUGGCUGAGAUGAACAUGCUCUUGACUUCCAAAACUACAGACUUCUUCCGAGUUCUGAUUGAGAGGUAUAAGGCUGAAAUGGAAAAAAGAAAGCAGUUGCAUAAUCAGUUGGUCGAAUUGAAUGGAAACAUUCGGGUUUUCUACCGUAUUCGUCCUCAACUAGCAUCAGAGUCCGAUAAUCAAAAGCCCGUUGUGGUAAUUGAUGAAAUGGACAACGGAGUGGUCCAUGUUUCGAACACAUCUGGAUCCAGAAAAACUAGUGCCGGAGCUGAUAAAGUUAUCCCAACGGGUUUCUCUCAAGAACAAAUCUUCAAUGAAGUAUCUCCAAUCAUCACUUCUUGUAUCGAUGGAUACAAUGUCUGCAUUUUUGCAUAUGGACAUACGGGUAGUGGAAAAACAUACACGAUGGAUGGACCUGUAGAACUACCAGGAAUCAAUCAGAGAGCUAUUAUGCAGUUGUUCGAAACAGCAAAAGAGAGAACUGGAGAUAUUAAAUAUGAUAUCAAAGUUGCAAUGAUGGAAAUCUAUAACGAGAAGAUCAGAGACUUGCUGAACACUUCCAAUACUAAUCUGACGAUUCGACAAACAGAGGAAGGAAAAGGUUCGAUUCCUGGAUUAGAAGAAGUCACUGUUAGCUCUGCUCAAGAAGUCACAGAGACAUUGGCACGUGGAAGAAAGAAUAAAGCAGUCGCUGCAACCGAAGCUAACAUUGAAUCUAGUAGAUCCCAUGUGAUUGUUAGAGUUCUUGUAUCUGCCACCAAUCUUAUCACAAAAGUCACUACAGUUGGUCGCUUGAAUUUGGUGGAUCUUGCUGGAUCCGAAAGAGUAUCACAAACAAAUGCAACCGGACAAUUGCUCAAAGAAGCUCAAGCUAUAAACAAGUCAUUAUCUGAACUUGGUAAUGUUGUGCUGGCACUUCGUCAGAAUCAGAAACACAUUCCAUUCAGGAAUUGUCAGUUGACAAGAAUCUUGGAAGAUAGUUUGAAUGGUGACAGUAAGACGCUCGUUAUUGUUCACUUAUCUCCAGAUUCUAAAAGUCUGAAUGAGUCGAUCAGUAGUGUAAACUUUGCUGAAAAAAUUGGACAGGUAUUUACGAAAAGUGGAACUAUGAAACGAGAGCCAGUUCGUCGAAGUAUGACCGGUGUCAGCAGUGGUCAACGAAGAGAAAUUCCGCCAUCUCCAAGGAAAUAA